AAUUAAAAUGUGUGUACAGGCAUUAUAAAUAGGAGAAAGGAGUUGAAGGUGGAAACACACAGAAAUUCAAACAUGUCUCCAAACACAAACACUUACAGUGGCAUGCUUGUGCUUAUCUUUGUUCACCUUUAUUGCCUUACGUUGCUAACGUCCUCUGAGCCUGAGUCUGAGUUGAUUGAGUGCAUUCCAAGUGAGCGCGAAGCACUUCUAAGAUUCAAGCAUCAUCUCACUGACCCUUUCAACAGGCUCUCUUCUUGGAAUGCUUCCAAUCCCAACUGCUGUCACUGGGAUUAUGUUGUUUGUAGUCAUCUAACUUUCCACAUCCUUCACCUUCACCUCAACACUUCUAUAUCAUUAGAAUAUGUUGAAUAUCCCUUACCCAUUGCUGUCUUGCUCGCUUACGAGAGGUCCAGGUUUAGUGGAGCGAUAAAUGAUUCUCUUGUUGAAUUGAAACAUCUGAAUUACUUGGACUUGAGCGGCAAUAGUUUUCGAGGUAUUCAAUUUCCUACUUUUCUUUUUCGAAUCACCUCCUUAACUCAUCUUAACCUCUCUGAUUCUGGAUUUUAUGGGAAGAUUCCUCAUCAGAUUGGGAAUCUCUCUAAUUUGCUCUAUCUUGACCUCUCAUAUGUUGCCUAUGGAAAACUUCCACAUCAAAUUGGCAAUCUCACCAAUUUAAUCCAUCUUGGCCUCCCAAGUUAUUAUGAUGAAUCAUUGGUUGUUGAAAAUGCUGAUUGGCUUUUGGGUCUUACCUCCCUUGAAUAUCUUGAUUUGAGUGGUGCUAACCUAUCCAAAUCAUUUAAUUGGCUACACAAUAUGCAAGCUCUCCCUUCUUUGCAUGACUUAAACUUACGACGUUGUAGUUUGGGUGAUUAUAAGCAACCAUCCAAGCUUAACUUUUCGUCCCUGCUUUCUCUCACCAUUUCUGUUGCUCCCAAGUGGAUUUUUCAGUUGAACAAACUUGUUUCUCUUAAAUGUUAUUCAAACUGUUACUCUAAUGAUAUUGAUAGUCCAAUUCCUGAUGGUAUUCAAAACCUUACCAUGCUUGAAAAUCUUGAUUUGUCAUCCAAUUCAUUCUCAUCCCAUAUACCAGAUUGGUUAUACGGUCUUCAUCGUCUCAAAUCUUUGUACUUAGGAGAUAACCAUCUGACUGGAACUAUUUCUAAUACUUUGGGGAAUUUGACUUCUCUUGUUACCCUUCAUUUGUCAUACAAUCAGUUUGAAGGAACAAUUCCAACUCUUUUGGGGAAUCUGACUUCUCUUGUUGCCCUUGAUUUGUCACACAAUCAGUUUGAAGGAGGAAUACCAUCCUCUUUUAGAAAGCUAUGCAAUUUGAGACACAUCUCUUUCUCAUAUCUCAAAUGCAAUCAACAACUUUCUGAAAUCUUACAAAUUCUCAUCCCAUGUGUUUCUCAUCAACUCAACACUCUUGUGGCUUCUACUUCACAAAUCUCAGGUCACCUCACCAAUCAACUUGGAAUGUUUCAAAAUCUUGAAAUGCUUGAUCUCUCCAGCAACAACAUUAUUGGAGAAAUUCCUCAAUCAUUCGCAAAGCUUUCCUCAUUAAGAUUUGUCGAUUUCUCCAAAAAUCAACUUACUGGAAAUCCAUUUAAAAUUCUUGCAUCAUUUACUAAAUUGUUAUCUCUUGCCAUAGAUGACAAUUUAUUUCAAGGGAUUGUACAUGAAGAUGACCUUGCCAAUUUCACUACUUUACAUGUGCUUUCAGCAUCAAGUAACAAUUUCACUUUGAAAGUGCAUCCCAGUUGGAAACCAAAAUUUCAACUUUUUCAAUUGAAAAUGAGCUCGUGGAAGUUAGGUCCAAGCUUUCCAUCAUGGAUUCGAUCACAAAAUGAUCUUCUAUAUUUGGAUCUAUCUAACGUCGGGAUUUCUUCCAUUCCCAUUUGGUUUUGGGAAACAAGUCAUUAUUAUUAUUAUUUGAACUUCUCUCACAAUCAUAUCCAUGGCAAGCUCCCAAAAGAAUUAAAGAUUUUAGAAUCUGAUGGAGGAGUGAGGAUUUGGUACGGAGCAGCAGUUGAUCUUAGCUCAAACCAUCUUCAUGGAAAUUUACCCUUUGUGAGUGAGAAUGUGGUUUGGCUAGAUCUCUCACAUAAUUCAUUUUAUGGGUUAUUAAUGGAUUUUCUUUGUCAAAAAUCUGACAAUCCAAAAACGUUACAAAUCCUCAAUCUUGCAUCAAACAACUUAUCUGGAGAAAUUCCUAACUGUUGGAGGAUGUGGCCAGAACUAGUGGAUGUCAACUUAGAAAGCAACUAUUUUAUUGGAAGCCUGCCCUCUUCCAUGGGCUCUUUAUCAGGCCUAGAAUGCUUGCUUAUACGUAACAAUACACUCUCAGGUAAAUUUCCUGUCAGUUUAAAGGAAAACAAGGAGUUGAUUUUGUUGGAUCUUGGAGAAAAUAAGCUCACAGGGAAUAUUCCUAGGUGGAUUGGAGAAAGGUUGGUAAAUUUAAAAUUUCUUCGGCUCCGAUCUAAUAAUCUUUCAGGUAACAUUCCCAACGGAUUAUGUGAUAUGAAGUUUCUCCAAGUUUUGGACCUUGCACUAAAUAAUUUGUCAGGCAAUAUACCAAAUUGUUUGAACCAUUUGAGUGCCAUGAUAAAUAAAACUAGUGAAAGUUCAUCCAUCCAGGAAGGCAUGAUUAUAUAUGGAAGUGAUACUAUAAGCAUGAUCCUAUGGGUGAAAGGAAAAGAUGCUGAGUACAACAACAUUCUGGGCUUAGUGAAAAACAUUGAUCUUUCAUCUAAUAAAUUGUCGGGGGGAAUACCAAUGGAAAUCACAAACCUAACUGGUCUGAUUUAUUUGAACUUGUCCAAGAAUGAGUUAACUGGUCACAUCCCUGAAAGUAUUGGCAAUAUGGAGUCAAUGGAAUCCAUUGAUUUCUCUGGCAACCAACUCACAGGGGAGAUCCCUCAAAGCAUCACAAACUUGAACUUCCUGAACAAGCUAGACUUAUCCUACAAUCACUUGGAAGGCGAAAUCCCAACAGGCACUCAAUUGCAAAGCUUUGAAGCAUCCAAUUUCGUUGGCAACAAGCUAUGUGGUCCACCAUUGCUGCUCAACUGUACCAUGGAGGGGGAAGUUCCUGAUGAGAAUGAAAAAGAGAGAAAGAAUCAUGGAGUGAAGUGGUUAUUUGUGAGUGUGGCCUUUGGAUUUAUAGUGGGAUUUUGGGGAUUUGUUGGUCCAUUGUUCAUAUACAAAUCAUGGAGGUAUGCAUAUUACCGUUUCCUUGAUGACGUGUGGUACAAACUUCAAUCAUCUAUGUGACUUUAUGUUUCUAAUGUUUUAAUUUUCUGUUUUUCAUUUGUGUGUAUGUGAUGAGUUUGUAAUGUUUUCUUUUUUUUCACUUUUCUUGUAAUAGUGGAAAUAAAAAUGAAUAUGGACUUGUCCUGCUUGGCUUGUUAAAAUGUAAUCCAGUUAGUAUUGUUGUGGCUAUAAUAAUAACAAUGUGACUUAGAUUUAUCAUUGGCUUUCAGA